AUGCCAAAACUCCAAAACUUACACGCUUUCGAUGAUCCAUCCAUCAACAAGCAAAGAUGUUCACCAUUCUCCUUCGAGAAAUCUCAUCACAUCCGUCAUUCUUUCAGUCUUCUCAUUCACACAUCAGAUUGA